GAGCGCGGCCGCGGGGAACCGGAGCGGGACCAGGACCCGGAAAAGAACUGGAACCGGGGCCAGGGAGCUUGGAGCGCCUCGGGUUGAGCCGGGCGCGGGAAAAGCCGGUAGGGGCCCAUUUCCGGUUCCACUUCCAGUCCUCCCAGACCAACGAGUCGCGUGGGUACACAAACGCCGGCAACAGGAGCCACUUCCUGUCAUAUUGGGCGGAACAGGCGUGGCCUAAGCCGGAAGGCGGAAGUUCUGCGGCCUUUCCCGUCUGUGGCGGAGCCGCCGCCGGGCGAGCGCGGCCCGGGAGGAACCGGAGGGAACCGAAAGGAACCGGGAGGAACCGAGCGGGCACCGAGCAGGACCCGGGCGACACCCAGCGAGCACCGAGCGGCUCCUCCAGAAUCCUGAGAGCGCGGGGGGACCGCGGCGGCGAGGCCCGGUGAGGAGGCCCGGUGAGGCCUAACGGGUCCCGGUGAGGCCUAGCGGGGCCCGGUGAGACCUAGAGGGGCCCGGCCCGGGCCGGGGGGGCUGAGCCGGGCGGAGGAGGAGGAAGAGGAGAGGAGGAGGAGGAGGAAGGCGCCCCCCGGGCAUGGCGGCGCCGCUGGCGCUGGGCGGCCCCGGUUCCCUGCGGCCGGACCCGGUGGAGACGCUGCAGGAGGAGGCGAUCUGCGCCAUCUGCCUCGAUUACUUCGCCGACCCGGUGUCCAUCGGCUGCGGGCACAACUUCUGCCGCGGCUGCAUCUCCCGCCUCUGGGCCCGCGGCGGCGGCGGCGGAACCGAGCCCGGCCCGGAGCGCUCCGAGCUCGAGGAGGAGGAGGAGGAGGAAGAAGAGGAGGAAGAGCUGGAGGAAGACGAGCUGGAUGUAGAGCACGAGGAGGAGGAGGAGGAGGACGGCGUGGAGGAGGAGGAGGAGGAGGACGACAUGUGGGAGGACGAGGAGGAGGAGGAUGAGGAGGAGGAAGGCGAGCUGUGGGGAGAGCCCGCCGAGGACGAGGAGGAGGAGGAUGAGGAGGAAGGUGGCGCCGCCUGGGCCGAGGGCGCGGAGGGCAGCGGGCUCUACUUGGGCUACGACGAGGACGCCAUGGAGGAGGACGUGGAGGAGGAGGAGGAGGCCGAGGAUGAGGAGGAGGAGGACGAGGAGGAGGAGGACGAGGACGCCGAGGAAGGCCCCGCCGCCUUCACGUGCCCGCAGUGCCGCAAGUCGUUCUCGCAGCGCAGCUUCCGGCCCAACCUGCAGCUGGCCAACAUGGUGCACAUCAUCCGCCAGCUGCACCCGGGCCCCGGCGGCACCGGCGCCGCCCCGGGCCCCGCCCCGGGCCCCGGCGCCGCCCCCGAGCCCGGCCCCGCGCCCGGCGGGCCCCCCGAGCUCUGCCCCAAGCACCGCGAGCCCCUCAAGCUCUUCUGCGAGCAGGACCUGGCGCCCAUCUGCGUGGUGUGCCGCGAGGCGCGGGGGCACAAGCAGCACAGCGUGCUGCCCCUCGACGAGGCGCUCCAGGAGUGCAAGACCAAGCUCCAGAGCCACCUGGAGCCCCUGCGCCGGCAGCUGGACGCGGUGCUGAAGCAGAAAUCCAGCGAGGAGGAGAAAAUCUCCCUGCUCAGGGAGCAGAUGCAGGCGGAGAUGCAGGAGCUGGAGGCCGAUUUCGAGGAGCUGCAGCGGUUCCUGGCCGGGGAGCAGCUGCUGCUGCUGCGGCAGCUGCAGGAGCGGCACCAGGCGCUGCAGGCGCGGCAGCAGCGCAACCUGGGCGCGCUGGAGGAGCGCGGGGCGGCCCUGCAGCGCCUCAUCAGCGAGGCCGAGGCCGCGGGCAGGCAGGACGGGCUGCAGCUGCUCAAGGACAUCAAAGGCACCUUCAUCAGGUGUGAGAACAUCAAAUUCCAGGAGCCCGAGAUGAUCCCGGUGGAUGUGGGGAGGAAGUUCAGGAAUUGUUUCCUGCAGGAUGUGGUGAUGAGGAAGAUGGAAAAGGUCUUCAGCAAAGUGCCCCAAGCCGACGUGACCCUGGACCCCUCGACGGCGCACCCGCGGCUCAGCCUGUCCCCGGACCGGCGCAGCGUCCGUCUGUCCGAGCGGCGCGCGGAGCCCGCGGACGGGGCGCGCCCGCCACGCCCGGACACGCCCGGCGGCGACCUGUGCGUGCUGGGCUCGCCCGGCUUCACCGCUGGCCGCCACUACUGGGAGGUGGAGGUGGGCGGGCGCCGGGGCUGGGCCGUGGGCGCCGCCCGCGAGAGCGCCCGCGCGCGGCCCCAGGGCGCCCACGGCGGCCCCGCGCCGCCGCCGCCCCGGCGCGAGAUCUGGGCCCUGGGCACCUCGGGCAAGAAGUACCAGGCGCUGACGGCCACGGAGCAGACGGCGCUGGCGCCCGCCGAGCAGCCGCGCCGAUUCGGGGUCUACCUGGACUACGAGCGGGGCCAGCUGUGCUUCUACAACGCCGAGAGCAUGAGCCACAUCCACACCUUCCACAUCUGCUGCUGCCGCCAGCGCGUCUUCCCCUUCUUCCGCGUGCUGGCCCGCGGCACGCGCAUCAAGAUCUGCACCUGAUGGCGGGCGUGAAACCCGGGGAGGGGCGGACUCGGUGCAGGUGUUUGGGUCCUGAGCUUCUCCUUCUUCUUCCUCGUCUUCAUCCUCCUCCUCCUCCUCCGUGUGCUGGCCCGCGGCACGCGCACCAAGAUCUGCACCUGACGGGGGCCGAAAUGGGGUGGCGGACUCGGGGUGGUGUUUGGGUCCUGAGGGUCUUGAUCUUCUUCUUCUCCUUUCUCUUCUUCCUCCUCAUCUUCAUCAUCCGGCACCGGCCCCACAGAGCUGGGUCAGCUCAAGGUGGGGAAGCGCCUUGGAAUUGGGUUUUGGGUUGAAAUGGGGAGGAUCCGCUACUUUUAACUGGUUUUGGGUUGAAAUGGGGCAAGAUCCAGCUUGGAAUUUGGUUUGGGUUAAAAUGGGGAGGAUGCGCCACUCUAGAACUGUUUUUGGGUAAAAAUGGGGCAGAAUCCAUCUUGGAAUUUGUUUUGGGUUGAAUGGGGCAAGAUCUGCCACUUCAGACCUUGUUUUGGGUAAGAAUGGGGCAGAAUGCAUCUUGGAAUUUGGUUUGGGUUAACAAUGGGACGAUGCGCCACUUCGGAACUGGUUUUGGGUUGAAAUGGGGCAGGAUCUGCCACUUUGGAGCCGGUUUUGGGUUUAAAUGGGGCAGGACCCACCUUGAAGUUUGGUUUGGGUUGAAUGGGGCAAGAUCUGCCAUUUUAGAACUGGUUUUGGGCUCGCCCUUUGGAGCCGGUUUUGGGUUAAAUGGGGCAGGAUCCUCCCAUCUGGAGCCAGUUUUGGGUUAAGAUUGGGCAGAAUCCGCCCUUUUGGAGCCAUUCUUGGGUUAAAACCGGGCAGGAUCUGCCUUUGGAGCUGGUUUUGGGUUAAAAUGGAACAGGAUCUGCUCCUCUGGAGCUGGUUUUGGGUUAAAAUUGAGCAGAAUCCGCCCCUUUGGAGCCAUUUUUGGGUUAAAAUCGAGCAGAAUCUGCCCUUUCAGUGGUGAUUUUGGUUCAGAACCGUUCUGGAUCCAGUCCCAGUUCUGGUCCCAGUUCAGUUCCCGGCACUGGGAGCUGCCCCCCCUCCCUCCCCUCCCCCAGUUCAAUUUUGGGCCCUUCCCGGAAUUUUUCCAAGUUUUGGGACCAAAUCCUGUCAGAUUUGAACCUCCCUCCUUUCCCAAAAUCCGCAUUUUUCGGUGCCUGGAUUUUUGGGAUCCAGCCUGUUCUCCCCCUGCUGUUUGCUCCUCCCUUUCCUUGCCAUUUUUUGGGGAAAAUCCCGGUUUUUUGGUUUUCCUCUCCCCUCUGGCACUUUACGGGGUUCCCAGCCCGCAGCUCUGGAGCUCCCCGGCUUGGGAAUAAUUUAUUUUAUUUUUAUUUUUUUCUCCCUUUUUUUGUUAUUUCCAUCUGGAUCCUUUCCCACCCGGGAGCUCCUCCCCCUGCCCCUCCCCUCCCUGACGUUUUUCCCUGAAUUUUGGUGGAUUUGGGAAAUUUCCUUGUUGGCGUUUCAGAGCUCGUUCGGGAUAUUUUUGGCUAAAAAAAUGAGAUUAAACGGAGAUUUUAGUUUUAUGACUUGUCAAUAAUAAAGAAGUUGUAUCGAAGGCUGUUA